CGACCGCGAGCGAAGUUAGUUUUCGUCCCCACUUGCAGAGCCCGCUCGGGCAGCUUUCUCGGAACAAGUGACAGGUUGGGCCACGAAGGCAGCCGGUGGGGGAGAAGGCGCUUAAGGUCCCGCGUCCUGACCCCAGGUCUGCGGCGCCGCCGUGCACCCGCUGUGUGACCCGGGCGCGCCCGCCUCCCGGCUCUGGACCUCUCGGGUUCCAGGAAGAGGAGAGGGUUGGACCAGGUGGACUCCGUGCCCUUGUGGCCCUUUCUCCCUGAAAGCCCGGAAGGAGAGGCAGGCAGGUUGCUCCAGGACCAGCAGGAUGGGGUCAGCCUGUAUCAAAACCACCAAAUACUUCCUCUUCCUCUUCAACUUACUCUUCUUUGUCCUGGGCGCGGUGAUCAUGGGCUUCGGGGUGUGGAUCCUGGCUGACAGGAGCAGUUUCAUCUCUGUCCUGCAGACCUCCUCCACCUCGCUCAAGGUGGGGGCCUACGUCUUCAUCGGCGUGGGGGCCUUCACCAUGCUCAUGGGCUUCCUGGGCUGCAUUGGUGCCGUCAAAGAGGUCCGCUGCCUGCUGGGGCUGUACUUUGCCUUCCUCCUCCUGAUCCUGAUCGCCCAGGUGACGGCUGGGGUCCUCGUCUACUUCAACAUGGGCAAGCUGAAGCAAGAGAUGGACAGUGUCGUGACCAAGCUCAUUCAGAACUACACGCACGGUCAAGAGGACAGCCUUCAGGAGGCCUGGGACUACGUGCAAGCUCAGGUGAAGUGCUGCGGCUGGGUCAGCUUCUCCAACUGGACAGAAAAUGCCGAGCUCAUGAAUCACACCAGCAUCACCUACCCCUGUUCCUGCGCGAACCACAGCAAGGAGGACGGCAGCCGGCAGCCGCCGCAGACGGGCUUCUGCCAGGCCCCCGCUGGCAACGAGACCCAGAGGGGCAACUUCCCUGAAGAGUGGCCGGUGUACAAGGAGGGCUGCAAGGAGAAGGUGCAGGCCUGGCUGCGGGAGAACCUGGGUGUCAUCCUCGGCGUGUGUGCGGGCGUCGCUGUCGUCGAGCUCCUGGGGAUGUUCCUGUCCAUAUCCUUGUGCCGGCACGUCCAUUCCGAAGACUACAGCAAGGUCCCCAAGUACUGAGGUGGCUGCUGCCCCCACUCCCUGCCUGUCCUCCAACCUCAGGGCUCCUAGGGGGUCUCCUCGGCUCCCCCCCCCCCCCUGACUCCAGGCCUGCAUCCCACUUCACUGCCCAGAUCCCUUGUCCGUCCUGUGUUGGCUGCAAGUGGGGGGCUUCCUGGGGCCUGGACCCCUCUCCUUUGCUUUUCCGCCACCAGCCUUAAGCCCCAGCUAUUCUGUGGCUCCUCCACGCGCUGUCUGCCAGGGUUGUCUUCGCAACUCAGCGAAAAUGCUCCCUGCAAAGGUGGGCUGGGUUUCUACCUGCCUUGGGGGCUGUAUGUAUUGUAUGGGAGAAAGUGUAUUAGAAACUCGGGAGUGGGGUAGAUAAGGCACCCUGGGCUGUCAGGUGACUGCCCACUGUGUCGUGGGUCAGCUCUGUUUCCCCUGUGAUGCUCCUAGCCUUGGUUUCCACAUUUCCAUGGAGAUAGUGGGAGAGGGUGGGCUUUCCCUGACAAAAGACAUAGCACCCCUUCCUCAGCCUGACCCAGCCCCCCAGGCAGCUCAGAUCCGCCUGGGCCGCGCCAUGGGGGCUGGGCCUAGGGGAGCUGGGCUGAAGGGGGUCUGCCUGGGCAAGAGGGUCCGGACUGGCCCCGGGCUGCCUCGGGAAUCAGAGGGGUGAGCCCUCCGGGUGUGGACGAAACUGGCACUACAUCUGCCAGGACCCUGAGCUGUCCAGGGAAGCGAGAGGAUGCUCUCUCCUGUCCUCUGUGCCCCAGGGAAUGGGUGGGUAAGGCUGUGCCUUCUAGCAGGGUGGGGAGGGGCCCUGCGCACAAUUCUGUAAAACGUGGUUGAUGGAUUAUUAAAGAGGAUUUGUAACAAUCCCGCCUGCCGUGGUGGCGAUGCUGCUUCCCAGGGUAGGGGGAGGACCAAAAAGGAGAGGUAAUGUGCACGGCACGGCCGGGUCUGCAGGGAAGAGUGACGGGCACCUCACUGCUGUCCCCAGGACAGGGGGCCCUUUUAGGGCAGCUCUGGACCCCUGUGCACGCUGGUACAUGAGAUGUGUGACUCCUGGCUCUGGUCCGUUUGCCUGGCUGCCGGCACGGCUGGGGUUUGAUUUGUGUGUUCAAGCAGGUGUAGAUGGUGUCCCUAGGACUGGCCUCUGAGACCAGGGUACAGGUGCCCCUGAGCUGGCCGUGGGGGUGGGUCCGUGAAGCCACAGAAUAAACCCCGCCUCUUUCUAGAGCAUUUGUUUUUCACAAAGGAAGGAAAUAUUUUCAUAUUAAAGAAAUGUGAUGGAGUAAGAUGUGCAAAAUUCAGGAGGUUUCUAAAGAUGCAAGAUGAGACUUUAAAGGACGCUCUUCCUUGUACACAGGGGUGAGCCCUAGCACACCCCCCGCCCAGCAUCCUGAAGCCCAGGGGAGAUGCUCAGAUGGCAGAUGUGCCAUCA